AUGGCCGAGGAACCAGUUAGUAUUAUACGAGAAACUACCAGAAACUUGUUGAAAUUGAACCGGCGUUUGCAUAAAGAUGAACAAACUGACUCUCAUCGCUCAAUUCAAGAAACAAGGAUCACGAAAGAAACUAUAGUAGACAUUGCAAAUAAGCUGAAAACUAAAACAUCUAUUUCAACAUCAGAUCUGCAAACAUUGAAGAAUGGUUUGAUAGAUGACAGCACGAACAUUGAAGUUAUUUUAAACACUCAUGGAGCUUUACGAGGGAUUAUAAGAGAAUUGACAGGUCAUAAUGUUAAAAAUCAGUGUGCGGCUGCGGGUUGUUGCUGUAAUUUGGCUCUGGGAGACUCGAGAGCCUGUAUGUCACUUGCAAAGGCGGCAGGGUCUUAUCUCACUGCUGCACUGGAUAACCUCACUACAGAGCUAGCUGUAACAUGUGCAUGGACACUGGGUAACUUAGCGGGUGCAAAUACAAAAGUUUGCGAUGUUCUUAUAUCACAGGGAGCUUUAUCUAAGCUCAGCGAAUAUAACGUAAAUGUGGAUUUUCAAGACGCUGCAUUGUAUGCUUUAGUGCACUUUGUGUACCAAUUGAAAGAUGAUUUAAGCUCUGAUCACCUAACCAAAAUACUGCAAACUGUAUCAAAACUAGAAAUUACUAUGGAAUCCAGUAAACUGCUAUCAAUAUUAUCAUGUCACAAGGAUUUUUCAGAAAAUAUCAGUGAAAAACUCUUACAGAAGAUCUUAGAAGACUUACAAAUAAGCAUAAAAUACCACAUAGAAAUGUGCAGUCAAAACAAAAUCUGUUGUAGAUUAGUUUACUUGCUCCGUUCGUUAGCUAAUAUGGAUAAAAUGUAUGAUCAUAUAUUAAAAUAUUUCACUUUUCAUAAUAUGUCUGUAAGUUUUAAAAGUUUGUUAAAUACUAAUAAAUGCGUCAGUGAGACCUGUUUGUGGCUUUUAGGUAAUUUAUUCAAUUUCUGUGAUGAUAAACAAUUUUUUGGUGUGUUAACUAGUUGAUGUUAUAUGAUAAAAAUAAAUGGUUUUAACUUUU